AUGUUGCCGCCCGCCGCUUUCCCGUCCCGCGCCAAAAUCACUGCCUACUGCGCCACAGACAGAUACAAUAUUCAUGAAGUUGCUCGCCUUCUUCGCCUCGAGGGCUUUGAGACAGAUCCUUACAACACCGGCUUAUACCCACAAGUUGUUCACAUCCAAGUCAACAAUGCCCUCGAGAGCAAGGAAACCGGUGAUGUCUUCAUAUUCCCGUCAGGCACCGUGGUCGCUUGGAAUGUUCCCGAGAAGGUGUCUGUUCGGCUGGUCUACAACACGCUGGUUGGCGCCGCCGAAGGCCCUCACCUGAGGAACGUUGAAACAGAAGACCUGGCAUAUGUUGAGGACCCGAACAGGGGCGGAAGCGAUGUCUUUGGAGACACCAUCAUCCUGGGGACUGGGAAUCCCGAGUUUGAUCCUUCCCGACAAACCGGCCAACCAGACGGACAAGACAUGUCCAACUACGAAGUGGACACUGUACUGGCCAAGAUUGCAUUUUCUUCUGGGCUGGCACGCUCGACUAAGCUCGCCGUUCUCGAAGGACUCCUGGACGGAUAUUUCAACUCUACUCGCUCCAUUCCUACUGUCCUCUCCAAAGGCGCACGCUUACGCUUCAGCCGAAAGUUCAUUCUCAUGAAGACGGGCGAGCUUCUCAACAUCCGGGCUCAACUCAACCUGUAUUCCGAGCUUACCGAUGCUUUGCCGGAUAUUUUCUGGGAUAGCAGAUACGAGCUUGGCCUUGAGGACUAUUACACCAAAGUUGGCCGCGCUCUGGAUGUUUCCGUGCGCAUCAAGGCACUGAACGACAAACUAACCUACGCGCAAGAGAUUGCUCAGGUCCUCAGUGAUCGCCUAGAAGAGAAGCAUGGCCAUUUCUUGGAGUGGAUCAUCAUCUAUUUGAUUUUCUUCGAGAUUUUGUUGGAGAUCAACCGACUGUUCAAGGAAUGGGAAGAGGCCUCGGACCCAGAAAGUACCUCCAACCUGUUGAAGCUGUUCCUGGAGGAAGAGCUUGCCAAAGACAAAAGAAGCGAAGCUCAAGCAUCUUGA